CCAUACAAAAACAAAUUCCCUUUGCCACUCUAUGUCAAGGUCCAUACAAAGCACACUGACCCCUCUUUUGGGGCCAACCUCUGCUCUCCUUGCCCCUUUAGGAUUUGAUAAUGACUUCUCAAAGCAAAUCAAGCAGCAAUAUUUCUUUCAUUUCUCUUUCGCCUUGAGAAAAAGUGAUUCCUUACAUGUCCCACAUCAUUUUGCCUUUCCAAUAUUCCUUCCCCGGGUACAAAUAAAUGCCACCUAUUGAUUCUUCAUUCUCACUCUCCACAAUUUCCAUUCCCUACAAUACAUUUCUCUUGGUUUCCUCCAUUUUUCCUCCAAUUGUCUAAUGAUUCCAGAGUUGGAGAAACCUAAAGUCACUGAGAUACAACUUCGAAUGGACUGCAAUGGGUGUGUACAGAAGAUCAAGAAGGCUUUACAUGGCAUCAAUGGUAAGUUGCAACUAUCUUUCUUUAAUAUUUUUCAUUCUAUUUCUGCAGUAUUAACAUGGAAACAUAAUUAUGAAAACUCAUUUCUCUUUCCAGGUAUAUAUGAUUUCUAUAUUGAUUUCCCCCAACAAAAAUUAACAAUAAUAGGGUGGGCAGACCCUGAAAGGAUAAUGAAAGCGAUAAAGAAAACAAGGAAGAUCGCCACAAUAUGUUCCCGCUCAGAAGUAGCAGAAUCUAGCAAUCAGCCACCAGUACAACCCCAAGAGGGUAGCUGUGGUGGACCAACCCCUGAAGCAGCAAACCCUCCCCCUCCACCACCAGAGGGUGCCAAUCCACCAGCAGAAGCAGCAAAACCACCUGAACCACCAAAAGAUCAAGCACCACCACCACCAACAUCAGAGAAUCCGCCACCUCCACCAGAGAAUCUGCCACCACCCCCAGAGGUGCAUCCCUCACCCAUUGCAACAGAAACCAACACCAGCCAAAAAGCAGGUCCCUCCGGGCCAAAAGAUAUCGGAGAGGUUCAUGUUAUACACCACCACCCUCCUGACUACACCUACGGAUAUGGUUACGCACCCAGCUACAGUGGACACUGGAACAGAUACAAUAAUGGCCAGAGGUUUCAACAAGCUGCACCUCAAGAUCCACAACCCAUCUACGUCACUCACAGUUACAACACUUAUAAGCCAUCACCUUAUGUCACAGAAUAUGAAUAUGUCAGGUCACCACCAAGAUGUGUAAACUACAGCCAGGUGGACCACUACAAUGAAGAUUAUCAUAACAACAAUAGCUAUCACAACAAUGGAAUUAUCACAUCAAUGUUUAGCAAUGAAUAUCCGAAUGCAUGUAGGAUAAUGUAGAAGGGUUUAGGGGUUGAUGAUCAGUCUGAACACAUAGCUGAUUUAUGGUUGGUUUGCUUCAGAGGGAGAAACUUGAAAAAGAAUACCUAAAUAAAUGAUAAAACUGUCCUGUGGAAGUAAUGUUUUGUAAUGAGCAUGUGAAAAUACUUAGUUAGCUAGGGAAGAAUGAGAUUCUAAGCUUCUUAAGUGCUGGGAGAAUUGAUUCCUCUUUCUACUUCUGACAUAGCCAACGACUAAGACACCCCUGGCUAGGUACUUCUUUAUUGUAGAAGAAUUCAUUAAAGAUGCUAUUAGAUUACAAAAACACUGAUCA